AUGACCAACGCGACGCGAUCGCGUUCAUCUGCGCAUCCGACUCUUGUUUCGCAAAUGCAAUCAAAGGAUGAAGGCCACCGACAUGUCUACGCCGCAAUUAUCGGAUACAUUGCUGCCAAUGCUGCCAAGGUGUUCACUAGAAAGCUCAUUUACGCCUCGGCAGAUGCAGAAUUCACCUUUGAUCUCGCAUUGUUUGUCUCUUUAUCGUGCCAUCUGUGUGACCUGGCAUUUACAAACGCCUUGUCUGGAGCGACUGAGAGUCAUUCGGCGCCAUUUUUACGGGGUGUGGUGGCUGCUGUUAGCGAUGUAUUAGAAAACUGGUCCCUCGCCCUUUUGCCGAUCUCUGUUUUCCAGAUCCUGUGGAUGCUGCAUACGCCCUGUGCAGCAAUCCUGAGAUAUGUGCUCGUUCGAUCUCGCUAUGGCACAUCUUCCAUUGUCUUUCACUCCAUUUGGCUACUCGGUAUUGCUCUCGCGACACAAUGCUCCGUCGAUAGCAUUGACUCGACUGCGCUUUUCAUCACUGCUAUCGGUAUAUUGUUGAAGGUACUUCUACACAUCGACUGCCGCGUUAAGGACGGCGCUGCGGGUGGAGCUGAUACCUCUUGCUCCAUAUCAUACCAUCGGACGGUUAUCCUAGCCGGUUCCAGCUUGCUACUGAUCCUGUGUAGAAGAGGCUACAUAUCCCAGUUCCAGCAGGCAUUUGAGAUCGGCACAAUAGGGGGUUGGUUUUUAAUAACCUGCCUCCUGACCGCUAUGUGGCAUCCUGCUGCUCUGAAUUUAAGGCACAGCAGCACGGUUCGCCCAAGAUAUGGAAUCCUAGAUGAUGUAAAAUCGAUUAUUGUGGUGGGAUUAGCAUUUUUCACCCAUGAAUAUGGAUGGAUUCCGGACGCUGCUGUUUCCAUGUCUCCGCUACUGGCAACAGGUAUGGGCUUAAUAGCCGUUGGAGUGGCUAGAUCUAGCUACAUUAUACACAGAGAGGCUGGCCUGUCUGGGGCGUAUGAUGAUGAGGUUAUCCGCGGAUCAGUGGACAACGGAGGUCUAUCGAUACAAGUAUUACCGGGGCCCAAAAGAGCUGAAAAGAAAGUCCGAACGGAUCUGAGACCGUACAGGAAACGUGGGUCCAUCUUGCUUCUAAGCACGAUAUUUCUUCUGGGCUUAUUCUAUGGGAUGUUUGGCAUCCGAGACAAUCUGAAAAGAUACCUGCCAGAGCACACCAUCAGCGAACAGGAGAUAGACGUAGAACUGUGGAACGAGAAGCUUCCAGAUACUGAAGAGAUAAUUACGGACAAUUGGAGCAAUGACGAAGAAUUUCCCUUUGGCGUGUCAUCAGAAGCACGCCCUCGACGACUGCAUGAUUCCACCUUUUAUACACAAACUCCAAUUCAUCCUGCAAGACCACGCAAUCAAUUCGUCACCCAAGCAGCAGCGGCUGCCGAUAAGCCAAUGCUCACCCUUCUGACAGUGACCCAGAAUCCUCGGCCGCUUCUGGAGACAGAAACAACCCCGUUUGUGCGACAACAGAGCCUCCAAGCUUUCAAGUGGGUCAUUGUCAACGAUCAUUCGGAUAAACCAGAAGCCCUUGAAAUGCUUAAUCGGAUCGCUGCAUUGGAUUCACGCAUCACGAUAGUAAAUAAUACCGGGGAGCGCGGUGUAUCGGCCGCCAGAACGUUUGCACUUCAACACGUAAACACUCCUUAUCAGGCAUUCUUAGACGACGAUGACUUACGAGAACUUGUUGCUUACGAACAAGCUGUUUGGUUGUUGGAGACGAACCCGCAUUUGGACAUUGCCAGCUGGUACAUGGUCACUUUUGGAACAUCCGCAGAUAUCAGCCUAGCUGGCCCCCACAUGGGAUCCAAGUUAAAGAAGGAGAAUACUGUCCCGUCUGGGGCGGUGGUACGACACUCUGCAACCCGUAAUUGCAGCAUUUUUGAUCCCGUGCUGACCCAUGGAGGGGAGGACUACGACUUUUGGUUAUGCCUAGCGGAAAGCGGUUCCUGGGGAGCUACUAUACCCGAAUAUUCGUAUUGGUACCGGAUUGGUACUGGACACAACUGGUCCAACUUUGGUAAGGCCUGGGAAAAGACCCAUGCAUAUAUCAACGAGAAGCAUUCAGGGCCGCAAACUUGGCCCGCGCAUGAUAUUCCCGCUUCUCAACCCUUCGAGAGCAUAGAAUGGCUUCCGCCAUUUCUGAAUUCUGUAGCACCUAGUUCGAAACGACGUGCAUUGUUUCUUAUCGACAGCUUCCGCGGCGAUAUUCCUGGGAGAAGGAUUUUGGGGAUGGUAGGCGAUUUAGCCAGACUAGGCUGGCGUAUUACGGUUGUAGCGGUGCUCAACCAGUCCGAUGAACUCCGUUCGGAAUACUACAUGUACACCCAUGACAUUUUUGUUCUUCCCAUGUUUUUAAGAACUGUUGAUUUCCCUCGGUUUUUGGUGUACCUAACAAACAGUCGACGCAUCCAGGCGCUCUUGAUAUCCGAAUCCGUUUUCGGGUACGACGCUUUGCCGUCAUUGUGCGCACAUCUACCAAGGCAAACGGCGGUAUUCGACUAUGUUCACGCGGCGGACAUGGGCUGGCGGUCGGGAGGGUUUGCGACUAUGUCGGCGUUGAACGGAAACUGUAUCUAUCGUACCAUGACAGGAAGCCCCCAUGUGCACGACAUCAUCCUGCAAAGAAACGGAGCGCGCAAGCCAGAUUCCGUUCUUCAUUUGGAACGCGGCAUAAAUAUCAUGUAUCUUUCACCGAAGCGGGAUCUCAAUGCAGCACGAAGGGCGGUUUUCAAGGGGGAGAGAGGCGUAUCAUCUGCCUGUGUUGUAGCGUACACUGGCACCGUUAUUGAUGCUUCGAAAGUGGUAGACAUUGCAUUGGCGUUAAAGAAGUUACUCAAACGACGCACGCUGGUCAUGGUGCCGUUAAGAGGAACACCACUUCAAAAUGCCGUGCGGCAAGCCUGGACCGCAACCGGACGCUCCGAGGUCGUGAAUUUCUUCGAAGAAGAGUAUAUGUCCGACGAGCGGUACCGACUCUUAGCUGCAGCAUCCAAUGUCGUCCUUGCCCUUUCAUUGUCAUCCGUAGACACGGCUCUCCUCGCCAUGGCAUCUGGCGUCCCCGUUGUAUCCUCUCAAGACAUCCGCUCUCUACUGCCAGAAACUAGUGGAAAUCCACUACGAAACAUGAACUCUACAAACACCGUCUCAGAACUCGCUUCAGACUUAUUCAGUCUAUGCGAUAGCACCUCCUCUCUUCCCGUCGAUGUACGUCGACGUGCCGCAAAAGUGCUGCAGAAGUCCAGCCACCGUUCUCAAUUGGCAGCCAUCUUGACAGCAGGAAACGACUAUGUUCGUCCGAAUUCGAAUGAAUCCGAGAUGUCAAUCUAUAACGCCCUUGCGACGGUACUGAAUGACGAGAGACGGUAUGUGGAUGCUUAUGAGCAGCAGAUACGGUUACCUGGGUACCACCCUUCAUAAGGACUCUCAAACUCCCAACUUGUAGUAUAUACAUGUAUUUGAUAUUAUGAUGAUCUCCUAUUAGGUGAUGCCAGUUUCGGAGAUUUUCCUGAUACUGGACAAUUCCAGAGUUGGCGCCCGGCGGUCCGCUUUUCCAG